UACCCCCAUGGGGACGACGGGGCGGCGACCACCGCUCCGGGAGCCGGGGCUCUGGGCCGUGCUGGGGCGAGGGACAAACAGGACCUGGGCCGCCGUCGGGGUCGGCGGGGCGAGCCGCUUCUGCCCCCUCAGCGCCCGCAAACCGAGCGCCGUCGACCCCGGAGAGCAGCCCGCGGACUCGCGACACGGGCCAAUAGGAGCGGUGGGGGGUGUGGCCUGUGGCCCGGCUCGUCAAGUUGCCGUGGCGCGGAGAAGUCUGCAAAACAAGAGACGGAGGAUUGCGUUAGCGACAUACCACUUCACGCCGGAGCCGCGGGUAGGAGCGUCGCGGUCGGACCCGGCCGCUGCGCGGUACUCUGAGGAAAAGCUACCGCCAGGCAAGAGCCGGACCCGGGCCUGGGGUGCGUGGCCGGCCGACCUCCUUGCCUCACGGCCGGCCCGGGCGCCUGCGGCUCUCGGGGCUCGCCCCGCCGGCGGAAUCCGGGUGCUGGCCGGGCGGGCCGGACUGCGGAGGCGGGAAGCUCGUCCGGGCCCGUCUCUGGAGUGUUUUGGACGCGGGGCGCGAGGCGGCAGCUCGGAGCAGGGCUCGCGGCGUGGAAGCCGGGGGCUUUCCUGUCAGGAAGGGCCGGGCGGGGGUGGCGGGCACCUCGCCCGCUAG